AUGGGAUUAUUCUAUAUUAGCGUGUGCUUUCUUACUUCAUAUGUAGAGAAUGUUUGGUGGGUAAUUCGUUUGAAAUUACAGAAGGUUAAGUGGGUUUCUAUCCAAGUGAACAUCGGAAAUGUCGAUGAACUCGUUGCUAAUAAAGUCAUCACACAGCAUAUUGAGGAACACCUUGUAAAAACUUCCAGUGGAUAUGUUUCUGUUGCCAUAUAUGGAGAUCAAGAGAAGCCAGUUCUUAUUACAUAUCCUGAUUUAGCUUUAAAUGAUAUGUCAUGUUUCCAAGGUCUUUUCUUAUGCCCUGAAGCAUUUUCUUUACUAAUUCAUAAAUUAUGCAUUUACCACAUUAUCCCUCCCGACCAUGAGUUGGGAGCUGCAGCAAUGUCAUAUAAUGAUCCAUUGUUAGCUGUUGAUGACUUAGCUGAUCAGGUUGCUGAGGUUCUUGAAUAUUUUGGCAAAUCUCAUAUCGUUAUAGAAAAAAAUCACAUGUAG